AUGGGGACUGUACCAGAUCCUCUGAGGUCUGCCAAGCGUCCACUGGUCACCGCUUCCGAGGAGGAAAACGACCUGAAAAGGUUGCAGUCCUCUAAACACCAGCACAAGCAAGCGAGCAUAGAGAGCAACAGUAAUGGAUUUCCUUUCACUGCCAAGGUGCAACCCACUGGAGAUCGCCUGCUUGAAGGGAACUGUGGGGAGAAAGCCGAUGCUGCAACGGGCGAACGGCAUUGUGGGUAUGACACUGGGAAAACAAGAAUGUUUUCUCCUGGGUCUUCCAGCCCAUCCAAAGAAGGCUGCCUAGCAGUUCUGGAGCCGGGGAAUAACUCUGAGCGGGAAAGCAGUAGUGAUGCCGGAGCUCAAGGCCAAGACCCAGCAAAAGAACAUGCUGCAGUCAAGGCACCUGCUACCCAGGAAGCCAAUGAAAUUGUGCCAAGUGGUGCUGGAGGGCAACUCUGCAGUGCAGCAGAUAAGGCAAGCUCUCUGCCUGGAGGUGGUGGUGGCAGAGUCACAGAGAGCACAGCUCAUGGCAGGUCUUCUCCUCCUUCAGAUGCCCAGCAAGCUGAUCCAACCACAAAGGAAAUUGUGGGUGAAAGGAUUGGUCCCGAAGUGAAGCAGGUGCCAGACUCAGCAAAGGAACUGGAGCCUGUCUCUGAUCUUGCGCUGAAGGCCCACGGUUGCUCGGAUGCAGAGCCAAAGGGCUCAAAGGAGGCAGGCUCAAGAACUUCACCAGAGAUGGUCCCCAAACCCAGCCUUGGGAGCACACCACAGCCUUCGUGCGGUGACAAGGCUGCGGAGAAGGUAGGGCCUGAGCCCUCUGAGCUGAAGGACACAGGGACCAUGAUGAUGCAACCUGAGGGUGGGGAGUUGGCCAUCAGGACCCAUCAGGAUGCUGGGGUGCAGGCUGUAGCCAGCAUGGAAAGCAGAUCAGCGUCCACCAGCCCAAGCAUCUUUGCUGCAUUCUUACGGGAAAACAUGCCUCCCCAGGCAACACAGAAACAAGAGCAGUUGCACAUUAUUUACACAGGAGCCGGUGGGGAGGAGCAGUCGGAAAUCGUCGAUGACUUUGCGGCGCUUGUCCAGACAGCUGUGUCUGCUGCCACCGUGACCGAAGCCCAUAUCCAGGCAGCAGCUGCAGUAGACGAGGGGUUGGCAGUUCAGGCUGUCAAACUUCAAGAGGGCACAGCAGGCACUCCUGAUACAGCCCACUCGACUUUGUCAGGCAACGCGAUGUAUCCCUGCCCUGACGGUGUGCAAGAAACGUCGUCCAAGGUGACAGAAGCACAAACAGCAAAUGCAGCCAGCCAGCACAGCAUUGCUUCCCAGCAGUUGCCGGACGCUUCAGUCAUGCUGAAGACAGCACCGAUUGACCAGAUUACUGUCAAUGGCAGCGCUUCCCCGCACCCCGUGCGCAGCGAAACCAAGCUACCUCCACCUUCUGCUCUGCCAGGAAUCAAUAGCAAACCUCAGCAUCUUGGACCCUCCUCUGUUGCGGAAAGCCAACAGACGCCUCCAGCCUCCUGCAGCAUAUCUGAACAAGACAAGGCUCUCCGCACCGCUGGCGGCACUCCCGAUAGCGGGUGCAGAGAGCAGCUGCGCACUGAGACGGUUAGGAGUCUUGAGACGGUUCCAGCCAGCCUCCACGUGGACGUCAAACCAAAGGGGGAAGGGAAAUCCAUCCCUCUCAGUCCGAAGGAACAGGGGACAACUAACACUCCAGCAGUGGCUACUGCGCCCCCGACUGUGUGUGCCCCAGCCACAGCAAAAAUUGAGCAGGAUAAACUUCCAGACAAAGAGGCAAGAGGAUUUGGCAUUCAGAAUCUGGAAGCUGAGUCUGGGUUGAGUAGAAAUUCUGGCCCUGGCCUAGGAACCAAAAGCAACAGAACUAAGAAGGGAGAGAAGGGCAGUCUUUCAGCCUCUCCCGCUUUGCCCUUGCAAAAGCUGGGCGAGAAGAAGAAGGAAGGAAAACCUGCCGCGGAGGGCAAAGGGCACCUGAAGCAGUCUAAGCGCGUCCGGGAUGUCGUGUGGGACGAGCAGGGCAUGACUUGGGAGGUUUACGGGGCCUCUCUUGACCCUGAGUCAUUGGGGGUCGCCAUCCAGAAUCACUUGCAGAGGCAGAUUAGAGAACACGAAAAACUGAUUAAGGCCCAAAACAGCCAGACCCGGAAAUCUGUUUCUUCGGAUACAUCUUCAAAUAGAAAACUUAAAGGGAGGCAGCACAGUGUUUUCCAGUCCAUGAUGCAGAAUUUCAGGCGCCCCAAUUGCUGUGUUCGCCCUGCUGCUUCCUCUGUGUUGGAUUGA